UUCCCAGCAAAAUUGCAUCCUGCCUGACGUUUCGGUUGGUUGUAGCAGGGGCUGUACUCGCUCACUCCCACUACUGCAAUCGGCGCAUUCACCUUAUUACAAUUCUCAUCACGAUCCACCCUCACCUAUCGAAUCCUUCACAAAAUCAAAAUCCUAACCCACUUAACUCUUCAAUUCCCCUUUUUUUGUAGUUCAGUCUUUCCAUCAAACACCUUGUCCCCAAUCUCUCUGCGGCUCACUUGCUGCCAUGUUGCGCAGGUCCAUUCUGGAAAUAUCGUCUCGCCGAACGGUUAGAAGGGACCCCAGAUAUUUCGUCAAUCAGAAGAUACCUUCACAUCUAUCUUCACGAAAGAAUUUCUCAAAUGCAUCAAAACCAGAUGGUGCCUCUCCUCCUGGUUCUACCGGCAAGGCACCUGAGUCUAAUAGUUCUCUACCAAGGUUUCUCAUUGGAAGUUGUGCUCUAGGAGCUGCUUUUCUAGCAACUUACCAAACUGGUUAUUUAGAUAAAUAUCUUAAGAAAGAGCCGCAAAGUGUUUCCCAGAAAGCUCAUGCCAAUGCUACCACUGGAGACUUGAAGAGUGUGCAACAUUCAAAAGAUGAGUCAGUUUCACCUAGUGUUGAGACAUUGAACAAUGGAAAUAUUGUUUUUGAUCAUGCAGAGCAGAAGACUGAUACCCAUUUUUCUCAGCCAGAGAUUGUCAUAGAAGAUCAAGGUGAUAAGCCAAUUCAUGUGCAAGACAAAUAUGAUAUCUCUGAAGAUGGUGGUGCUGCUUCUGAGAAGGAUCAGUUGCCUGAAUAUCCUCAAAGAAAUCUAACAUCUGACGAUCCAAGUAAAGAGUCUGUGGUGCAAUCUGAUGGCAUUGUUGGCAUAAAAAGUACAGAAACAGAUCCAAGUAAAGAGUCUAUGGUGCAAUCUGAUGGCAUAAAGAGUACAGAAAUAGAUCUAAGUAAAGAGUCUAUGGUGCAAUCUGAUGGCUUUGUGGCCAUAAAAAGUACAGAAACAGAUCCAAGUAAAGAGUUUGUGGUGCAAUCUGAUGGCAUUGUUGGCAUAAAAAGUACAGAAAGUGACAUUUCCCCAAGAUUGGAAGAGGAAGUAGGAACUCAACAUAGAUCCACAUCUACACAGGCCAGUGCAGUUCCAGAUGAGAAUGGGAUAAAAAAUAUUCAACCAAAUCAUCAGGAAAUAGAGGAGAUCAGAGAGAAUGUAUUAGAUAAUGACAUAGAACAACCUAACCUCCUUGAGGAAUAUCACUUAAGGAAUAAGUCAGAAGGAAGCCCUGCAACUUAUUUACAUGGUCAUGGCUUCAUUGAGAACAGCACUGAAGAGAAAGAGGCACUUACUGGUGCAAUGGAGGAGUUGAAAGAUGGUUAUGUGUCUAAGGAUGGAAAACUGGUUCUUGAUUUCUUACAAGCCAUCCAUGCUGCAGAGAAAAGACAGGCUGAUUUAGAUGCACAUGUUUUUAAUGAAGAGAAGAAAAUGUUAAAGGAAAAAUAUGAAAUGAAGUUAAAAGAUGCAGCUGCUAGAGAACUUAUGCUUGCUGAAGAAGCUGCAAUGAUGGACAAGGAGCUAAAAAGAGAAAGAGCAAAAGCAGCCCUUGCUCUGAAGUCACUUCAAGAAAAGAUGGAACAGAAACUGAAGAUAGAACUUGAUCAAAAGGAAACUGAAGCAGAAUUGAAAUUGCAAAAUGUUCAGGAAUUGGCCAAGGCAGAGUUAAAUGCAGCCUUAGCAAAUGAGAAGGCAGCCCAAAUUGAAAAAAUGGCUGAAGCAAAUAUUAAUAUUAAUGCCUUGUGCAUGGCAUUUUAUGCUCGAUCUGAAGAAGCUCGACAAAGUCAUGCUGCACAAAGUUUUGCUCUGAGAGCACUUGCACUUGAAGAUGCACUGUCAAAAGGAUUGCCAAUUCAGACUGAAAUAGCAUCCUUGCAGUCUAAUCUUGAAGGAAUAGAUAAAGAUUCAGUUUUGGAUUUGGUGCUAGCAUCCCUUCCUGAAGAGACACUAAACAAAGGCACUGACACGCAACUGCAGUUAAAGCAAAAGUUUGACUCCUUAAAGGGUACACUACGACACUUCAUCUUCUUCCCACCAGGAGGGAGAGGUAUAUUGGCACAUUCGGUGGCACAUGUAGCAUCCUGGUUAAAGGUUAGGGAAGCUGACCAAUCAGGUGAUGGGAUUGAAUCUGUCAUUAACAAAGUUGAGAGUUACUUGGCUGAAGGAAAACUUGCUGAUGCAGCAGCAUUCCUAGAAGAAAGUGUGAGAGGCACCGAAGCUGCAGAGAUUGUUGCAGCUUGGGUGAAGCAAGCAAGAAACAGGGCUAUUUCUGAGCAAGCUGUAGUUCUUCUUCAAUCUUAUGCUAAUUCCCUUAGCCAUACAUGAUAAUCAAAUUUUGAAUAAUUACGAAACCGUGUCGAUUUUAAUACCUAAGAUUGCAGAGGUUGUCUGGUUCCGCCAUGGAUGCCAACGGGAAUUGCCUGAACUAUUGAUCCUAGAAGAAAAACAAGUUAGCCUCCUUUUUGUUUCAUAGCAGCUGAAAUUUAUUGAUUUGUGAAAUCUAAGUAACUCCAAUGGUUUUGGAGUUUGGAUUGAAGCGAUAUCAGGCUCUGUAUAAUUUUAUUUUUUUGUCACGAAUGCCAAAAAUGUUGCAUUGCUCACUAUGGAAAUUUCAAUAAUAUACCCCAGGCGACUGGAAGUCAAAUGUUUA